GUCCUCCUAGGAAUCUUCAGUUCACAAGCGCACGUGUACCUCCAACGAUCUCCUCUCAAGUCAUAGCACAAGUGUAUAUAUAUUCCUAUUUUGAAAAUGGCACCCAUUCAGAUGGAAAAGUCCUACGUGAAAGUGUCCUCCACACCCGCUGCAAAGUGCUCUCGGCAGGCAAGGUCAAGCAGCAGGUCAUGGGAUGUGAUCCUUCCUAUCAGUCGCAGAGGAAGCUUCUUCCAAGACUCGUUUUUCUCUGACAUACACAAGGAUUUUGACUCCUCCGUCAGGGAGGUGUUGGCCAGAUGGAGUGACGAAGACCUGAAAGUGAAAGACUUCCGCCGGGAUGAUAUUAUGGACCGAUACAGACAGCUUCGAUCUCGUAACCUAAAUGAAGGGAACCAGGCUGUCACAGUCACAUCUGACAACACAAGUCAUAAGAUUGUGCUGGACGUGCAUGACUUCAUGUGUGGAGAUGUGAGAGUGAAAGUGUUGGACGAGGAGUUGUUAGUGGAAGGACACGUGGAGAAGAAGGAGGAAGGAAGCUCAUCCGUGUCGUCACACUCCUUCAGACGCUACUUCUCUUUGCCUCAACACACAGACAUGACAGCGAUUACGUCCGUCAUGUCUGCAGAUGGUAUCCUCACAGUCACUGCGCCAAAAAUAAAAACAGAAAUGACAAAGGAAAAUGCAAUCAGUCAAACUUCCGCUUCGAAUUAUCAUGAGAAAGUCGGCGAAACACGAAAACAAACAGCCUCUGAACACUUGUCUUCUACACGAAAAGAAAGCUGUUCGUGUGAUCUUGGUUUCAAAAGAACAGCUGAUUCCUCUGGGUUUGACUGCGGUUCGUGGGACACAUCCUUGCCCAUCACUCGAAGGGGAAGCUUCUUCCAGGAUUCCUUCUUCUCCGGUACACAUCGCGACUUCGAUGCCUCCAUCAGGAAGGUCCUCAAUGGCUGGAAUGACGCCGAUCACCAGCUGGCGGACUUCUGGGACGAUGACGACUUCCACCGCAGCGACAGACUGGGCCGCUACAGACAGCUUCGAUCGCGGAACCUGUGGAGUGACAACCAGGCCGUUACAGUUACUUCAGAUAAUAUUAGUUAUAAGAUCUUGGUGGAUAUGCAUGACUUUGUGGAUGGAGAUGUGAAGGUGAAGUUGAUGGGCGAGAAGGAGCUGUUGGUGGAGGCCCAGUCGGCCAGGUCCUCGCACACCUUCACACGCACCUUUUCCUUGCCUGAGUCCAUUGACAUAACGUCCAUCACGUCUGUCAUGUCGUCAGAUGGCAUCCUGACAAUCACUGCCGUCCAAGAAGGUAUUGUUCUAGCUUCUCUUGUACUUCACUAA